CCCUUCAGUCUUGAACAGGUGUACCGGCUCCUCCCCUCCAGUCCUGCACAGGUGUACCGACUCCUCCCCUUCAGUCUUGCACAGGUGUACCGGCUCCUCUCCUCCAGUCUUGCACAGGUGCACCGGCUCCUCCCCUUCAGUCCUGCACAGGUGCACCGGCUCCUCCCCUCCAGUGUAACGGCUCCUCCCUUCCAGUCUUGCACAGGUGCACCGGCUCCUCCCCUUCAGUCCUGCACAGGUGUACCGGCUCCUCCCCUUCAGUCUUGCACAGGUGUACCGGCCCCUCCCCUUCAGUCUUGCACAGGUGUACCGGACUCCUCCCCUUCAGUCUUGCACAGGUGUACCGGCUCCUCCCCUCCAGUCUUGCACAGGUGUACCGGCUCCUCCCCUUCAAUCCGUGCAGCUGCACCAACCACACAGAAGAACGCGGACCCGCGGCGGGUGAUAUUAGUUCUAAUGGCACGCCUC